AUGGAGGGCGCUUCUUCAGCACCGGACAUUAACACUGUCCUCACUAAUUCGCUGUCUCCCGAUGCGACUCAUCGCCAUGCCGCCGAACAGCAACUCACCCAAGCUGCGGAGACGAACUUCUCAUUAUACCUCGCGACCCUCGUCCAAGAACUGGCAAAUGAGAGUGCCCAGGGUCAGAUUCGCUUGGCUGCCGGCCUCGCCUUGAAGAACGCCUUCACCGCCCGCGAAUUCUCCCGGCAAGCCCAGUUGCACGCGAAAUGGCUUCAGCAGACCGACCAAGAUACCAAGACGCGCGUCAAACAGCUCGCCCUGCAGACCCUCUCUUCCGCCAACAGCCAGGCCGGUCAGGCGGCGGCGCAGGUCGUGGCCGCCAUCGCCUCCAUAGAGCUUCCUCGGGACCAAUGGCCGGACCUGAUGCACGCCUUGGUCCGGAAUGUCAGCGAGGGGGAUGAGCACCAGAAGCAGUCGUCGCUGACCGCCAUCGGCUUCAUCUGCGAAGGCCAGGACCCGGAGCUCCGUACUGCCUUGAUCACACACUCCAACGCCAUCCUGACGGCCGUCGUGCAGGGCGCACGGAAGGAGGAGCCUAACGGCGAGGUCCGUUUGGCGGCCAUCACCGCCCUCGGCGACUCGCUCGAGUUCGUUGGGAACAACUUCAAGCACGAGGGAGAGAGGAACUACAUCAUGCAGGUCGUCUGCGAGGCUACCCAGGCCGAAGACUCGCGCAUCCAACAGGGCGCUUUCGGCUGCCUCAACCGCAUUAUGGGCUUGUACUACGAGAACAUGCGCUUCUACAUGGAGAAGGCGCUAUUCGGCCUCACGAUUCUCGGCAUGAAGAGCACCGAUGAGGAUGUCGCGAAGCUCGCAGUAGAGUUCUGGAGCACCGUCUGCGAGGAGGAGAUCGCCAUCGAAGAUGACAAUGCCCAGGUGGAGAGCUCCGAGCAGAUGCGGCCAUUCUACAAUUUCGCUCGUGUUGCCGCAAAUGAGGUGGUACCAGUCCUCCUCAGCCUUCUUACGAAGCAGGAUGAGGAUGCCACCGACGAUGAGUAUAACAUCUCUCGUGCCGCAUACCAGUGCCUGCAACUGUAUGCCCAGGCUGUCGGCUCAGCCGUUAUCCCGCCCGUCAUUCAGUUUGUCGAGGCGAACCUGCGAUCCGACGACUGGCAUAACCGCGACGCUGCCGUCUCGGCAUUUGGUGCCAUUAUGGACGGUCCCGAAGAGAAGGUCCUGGAGCCGAUCGUCAAGUCCGGCAUGCAGCCACUGAUCAGCAUGAUGGAUGACCCCUCGAUCCACGUCAGGGACUCGACCGCCUAUGCUCUUGGCCGCAUAACCGAGGCCUGUUCCGAUGCCGUCGACCCCGGUCAACACCUCGAGCCCCUGCUAAGAUCCCUGUUUGCUGGUCUCUUGAACAGCCCCAAGAUGGGCGCUUCCUGCUGCUGGGCCUUGAUGAACCUUGCUGAGCGCUUUGCUGGCGAACCCGGCGUCCAGCAGAACCCCAUCACUCCUCACUUCAACGAGGCCGUGAGCAAUCUUCUUACCGUGACCGCCCGUCCCGAGUGUGACACCGCCAUCCGAACGGCUGCCUACGAGGUUCUCAACGUCUUUGUCCAGAGCUCGGCGAAUGAGAGCCUUGCCUCGAUCGCCUCGCUCUCGGACGUCAUCAUCAAGCGACUCGAGGAGACCAUCCCCAUGCAGACUCAGGUCGUCAGCGUUGAGGACAAGAUCACCCUCGAAGACAUCCAGACCAGCCUCUGUGCUGUCCUUCAAGCAAUCAUCCAGCGACUGGACAAGGAGAUUACACCCCAAGGCGACGUGAUCAUGCAGGUUCUGCUCCAGGUCCUUGCCACCGUGGCUGGAAAGUCUACUGUGCCGGAAGCCGUCUUUGCAACUAUCAGCAGCCUCUCGAAUGCCAUGGAGGAGGAGUUCAUCAAGUACAUGGACGCCUUCAGCCCCUUCCUUUACAAUGCCCUCGGCAAUCAGGAGGAGCCCAGUUUGUGCUCGAUGGCUAUUGGCCUCGUCAGCGAUAUCACCCGGUCCAUGGGAGAGCGCAGCCAGCCUUACUGCGACAACUUCAUGAACUAUCUUCUCAACAAUCUCAGGAGUACCACGCUUUCCAACCAGUUUAAGCCGGCUAUCCUUCAAUGUUUUGGAGAUAUUGCUGGUGCCAUCGGUGGUCAUUUUGAGACGUAUCUUUCUGUUGUUGCCCAGGUGCUCCAACAAGCUGCCACUGUCUCCGCGACACCCGAAGGCUCGUACGAGAUGUUCGACUAUGUCGUCUCCCUGCGAGAAGGCAUUAUGGAUGCCUGGGGUGGCAUUAUUGGUGCUAUGAAGACCAGCUCCAAGACCCAAGUCCUCCAGCCGUACGUGCAGUCGAUCUUCGAGUUGCUUAGCAGCAUUUCUGGCGAUGCGAACCGUAGCGAGGCCUUGAUGAGGGCUUCGAUGGGUGUCAUUGGUGACCUUGCCGAUGCAUAUCCAAACGGAGAAUUGGUCGAGGCCUUCCGCCAAGAUUGGCUUACUGCCCUGAUCAAGGAGACGCGGGUCAACCGUGAUUUCCAACCCCGGACUAUUGAGACCGCCCGAUGGGCUCGCGAGCAAGUCAAGCGCCAGAUUGGGGGUACAGCGAACGUGAUGCAGCAGAGUUGA